ACGCGAGAAAGAAGAAGACGCUUCUUCUGCAAACGAAAAGGUGAAAUCAGCUCCUGGACUCCUCGAGUUUCAGUCGAGCAGGUUAGCGGAGAAGAAGGUGUUGCACGGUUCAAGGAAGCGGUGGUCAACUUUCUUUCCCCCAAGCUCAGAGCACCGACAAGGUAUCCGGAGCAAUAGCGAGCCCACUUCGCGCGGAAAAAUCAAGGUGGACAGCGAAGAGGACCCAAAGACAGAUGAUUUAGGCGCCGAAUCUCAGGCAAACAGAGGAUUAAAUGCAAGCCCUCUCUUUUCUCCGUGUUUAUCAAGGCCUCGCAAGGAAAAUUUAGGGGAAAGGGACUCGUCGCCGAGAAAGGAAGCAGAUCUGAAAUUUUUUUCAUCCAACGAAGAUAUGGAAGGUUUUUUGGGCCGAGUGGGGUCUGAUUCUCGUGGCUCAGCAGUCAUUGUUAAGCCUUCUUCGCCAGAAACCAGAGGUAAAGGGCCUAGCUUGAUAGGGAACUGUGUUCCGAGGGUUGCGGAAAAUCUGGAGGUAACGUCUUCACUUUUUAAUUCCAUACAUCCACUUAUACCCUCUUCUAAUUCCCUCUUGAAUCCUCCCGUACACAUUCAGUGUCCCUCUACCCCCAUGUCCCCCGACUCAUCUUCUCAAUCUCUGGCACCCAUGGAAAACCGAGUAAUCUCUAAAUUUUUUUCCAAAAAAGGCAACGAUGAAGGUCAUUUUCCGGUUGAUAUUCCUAGUUUAGAAAUGGAAACGGAGGUGAUCCAGCCUGCUUGUCCUUACCAGAUGUCUGAGAGUGUCAAUUCUCUCUCAGCUAUUUUAAGAUCACCUUGCAAGGAGUCCAGUAAGGCUACAGUUCACUUGGGAGGUAUUGCGGGCUCUCCUUCGGGCGAGUUCCAAAUAGAAGGACUGUCCCCUAGGAAAAUGGCAAAAGUACGCGAGGUUUUAAAAAAUCUGGAUAUCAAGGUAUAUUCCAGGAGGAAGAGCAGAUGCUCCACAGGAUUGUGAGACUAUCUGGUUUUGGUUCGGAGUUUAGGGUCACAAUAGUUUCACAUGAAGAUAAUCAGUUGGAAUACCAGGGGAUUGGGCUCAAAGAAAAAGAGAAGGGUGGUUAAGGAUUUUCUGAGAUCAGAAAAGCCGGAUGUAGUGAUGUUUCAGGAAACAAAAAAGGAAGAGUGUGAUAGAAGAUUUGUGGGUAGUGUCUGGACAGCCAGGAAUAAGGAUUGGGCAGCCCUUCCGGCAUGUGGGGCUUCGGGUGGAAUUUUGAUCAUAUGGGAUGCUAAAAAAUUGAGCAGGGAGGAGGUAGUGUUAGGUUCUUUUUCGGUCUCAAUCAAGUUUGCAUUGAACGGUUACGAAUCUCUGUGGCUAUCGGCAGUUUAUGGCCCAAACAUCUCAGCUCUCAGGAAGGAUUUUUGGGUGGAGCUUUCAGACAUUGCUGGGCUGGCUUCUCCGCGUUGGUGUGUGGGAGGUGACUUUAAUGUCAUAAGGAGAAGUUCAGAAAAAUUGGGCGGUUCUAGAUUAACCCCAAGCAUGAAGGAUUUUGAUGAUUUCAUAAGUGAUUGCGAAUUGAUAGAUUUACCUUUAAGGAGUGCAUCAUUUACUUGGUCAAACAUGCAAGUGAAUCCAGUUUGCAAGAGAUUAGAUCGUUUCCUGUACUCAAAUGAGUGGGAACAAGCAUUUCCUCAAAGUAUUCAAGGAGUACUACCAAGAUGGACAUCGGAUCAUUGGCCGAUUGUCUUGGAAACUAAUCCGUUCAAGUGGGGUCCAACGCCGUUCAGGUUUGAAAAUAUGUGGUUGCAACAUCCUAGUUUUAAGGAGAAUUUUGGAAGAUGGUGGAGGGAAUUUCAAGGAAAUGGGUGGGAAGGGCAUAAGUUCAUGAGGAAAUUACAGUUCGUUAAAGCCAAAUUGAAAGUGUGGAAUAAGGUUUCUUUUGGAGAGCUAAGUAAAAGGAAAGAAGAUAUAUUAUCUGAUUUAGUUAACUUUGAUUCAUUGGAGCAAGAAGGGGGCCUAACCCAUGAACUUUUAGCCCAAAGAGCUUUAAAAAAAGGAGAGUUAGAGGAGUUGAUUUUGAGGGAAGAAAUACACUGGAGACAAAAAGCUAGGGUAAAAUGGGUAAAAGAAGGGGAUUGCAAUUCAAGAUUUUUUCAUAAGGUGGCCAAUGGCAGGAGAAAUAGGAAAUUCAUUAAGGAGUUGGAGAAUGAAAAUGGCCUAAUGAUGAAUAAUUCAGAGAGCAUAAAAGAGGAGAUUUUAAGGUACUUCGAAAAGCUCUACACGAGUCCUUCUGGAGAAUCUUGGAGAGUGGAAGGCUUAGAUUGGUCCCCUAUAUCUGGUGAGAGCGCGUUUAGGUUGGAAUCCCCCUUUACUGAAGAAGAGAUUUUUAAGGCUAUAUUUCAGAUGGACAGGGAUAAGGCUCCGGGGCCGGAUGGCUUUACCAUAGCAGUGUUUCAAGAUUGUUGGGAAGUGAUAAAGGAGGAUCUAGUGAAAGUGUUUACAGAAUUUCAUAGGAGCGGAAUUAUUAAUCAAAGCACCAAUGCUUCCUUUAUAGUUCUGUUACCUAAAAAAAGCAUGUCAAGGAGAAUCUCAGACUUUAGACCUAUUAGUUUGAUCACUAGUCUAUACAAGAUAAUAGCCAAAGUGUUAGCAGGGCGUAUAAGAGGGGUACUUCAUGAGACCAUCCACUCUACUCAAGGAGCCUUCGUACAAGGGAGACAAAUUUUGGAUGCAGUUCUCAUAGCCAAUGAGAUAGUGGAUGAGAAAAGAAGAUCAGGGGAGGAAGGAGUUGUAUUCAAAAUUGACUUUGAAAAGGCCUAUGAUCAUGUGAGUUGGGAUUUUUUGGAUCAUGUGUUGGAGAUGAAAGGGUUUGGUAUUAGAUGGAGGAAAUGGAUGAGAGGUUGCUUGUCCUCGGUUUCUUUUGCAGUCCUGGUGAACGGUAAUGCGAAAGGGUGGGUUAAGGCAUCUAGAGGUUUAAGACAAGGAGACCCUUUAUCACCGUUCUUGUUCACUAUAGUGGCAGAUGUGUUGAGUAGGAUGUUAUUGAAAGCUGAGGAGAGAAACGUCUUGGAGGGUUUCAAGGUGGGUAGGAAUAGAACAAGGGUUUCCCACUUACAAUUCGCAGAUGAUACCAUUUUCUUUUCCAGCUCUCGGGAGGAGGAUAUGAUGACCCUUAAGAAUGUCCUGCUAGUGUUUGGGCAUAUUUCCGGUUUGAAAGUUAAUCUUGACAAAAGCAAUAUCUAUGGUAUUAAUCUGGAGCAGAAUCACCUUUCUAGGUUGGCCGAGAUGCUUGACUGCAAGGCUUCUGGGUGGCCUAUACUUUACCUGGGUCUUCCUCUGGGAGGGAAUCCUAAGACGAGUUGCUUUUGGGAUCCUGUGAUUGAGAGGAUAUCAAGGAGAUUAGAUGGGUGGCAGAAGGCAUAUUUAUCUUUUGGAGGCAGAAUUACUCUCAUUCAAUCUUGUCUCACCCAUAUGCCUUGUUAUUUUCUCUCCUUGUUUAAGAUUCCCGCCUCUGUGGCAGCAAAAAUUGAGAGAAUGCAAAGAGAUUUUUUAUGGUCAGGCGUAGGGAAAGGCAAAAGAGACCAUUUGGUUAAUUGGGACGUGGUAUGUAAGCCGAAAUCGAGAGGGGGAUUGGGUUUUGGAAAGAUAUCUAUAAGGAAUGUCGCUCUUUUAGGGAAGUGGUUGUGGAGAUAUCCUAGAGAGGGUUCUGCUCUAUGGCAUCAGGUGAUUUUAAGCAUUUAUGGAUCACACUCCAAUGGUUGGGAUGUCAACAACAUAGUUAGAUGGUCUCAUCGUUGUCCUUGGAAGGCCAUUGCACUAGUCUACCAAGAGUUUUCCAAGUUUACUCGGUUUGUGGUAGGUAAUGGGGAUAGAAUUCGGUUCUGGGAUGACUUGUGGUGGGGGGAACAACCUUUGGGUGUCCAAUAUCCAAGAUUACUUAGAGUAGUCACGGAUAAAAAUGCUCCUAUUUCAUCAAUUCUUGGUUAUACCCGCCCUUUCUCUUGGAAUUUCACUUUUCGCCGAAAUCUUUCUGAUUCUGAGAUAGAAGAUCUAGAGGGCCUCAUGCAGUCUUUAGAUCGUCUACACAUUUCAUCUUCGGUUCCAGAUAAGAGAUCUUGGUUCUUAUCUCCUUCAGGUCUUUUCACAGUCAAAUCUUUCUUUCUGGCCUUAUCCCAAUAUUCUGAGUCGCCUACAAUUUUCCCUACCAAGUUUGUCUGGAAUGCUCAAGUCCCUUUUAAAGUCAAGUCCUUUGUCUGGUUGGUGGCUCACAAGAAGGUUAAUACUAAUGACUUGCUACAAUUGAGAAGACCCUACAAAGCACUUAGCCCUGACAUAUGUAAGUUGUGCAUGAAGCAUGGAGAAACAAUAGAUCACCUCUUCCUUCAUUGCUCUUUGACGAUAGGGUUGUGGCACAGAUUAUUUCAAUCAGCAAAGAUGGAUUGGGUUUCCCCAAGGAGUAUCUCUGACAUGUUAUCUAGUAAUUUUAAUGGUUUUGGAUCUUCCAAGAGAGGGAUUGUUUUAUGGCAAAACGCGUGCAUCGCUUUAAUGUGGGUGGUGUGGCGGGAAAGAAAUGCAAGGAUUUUCGAGGACAAAGCAAGGAAUUCUGAGUAUCUUUGGGAUUCCAUUUGUUUUCUUACCUCUUUCUGGGCUUUUUGUUCUAAGGUUUUUAAGGGGAUUCCUCUUAACAUGCUACAACUUGAUUGGUUAGCGGCGUGUAACUAGAGUGUCUUUUCUCUUUAUGUACUUUCUUAUUUUUGAUUUCUUGUAGUCUUGUUUUUCUUUGCUGGGAGGAUUCCUCAUCCUUCUUUUGUACCUUCUUUUUAUCAAUAUAUUCCGUUGUCGUUUCCUAUCAAAAAAUGGCUUACUUUACAACACAGCAAAGGAGAUUUGGGAUGCAACUAAUUUAAUGUACUCAAAUCUGGGAAACGACUCUAAACUCUAUGAGUUGAGUGAGAAGGCAAGGUCAAUUCAGCAAGGAGACUCGUCAAUAAUGGCCUAUUUCAAUUCUUUAAAUAUUUUGUAUCAAGAAAUUGAUUUGUGUCAGGAUAUUGUGUGGAAAAACCCAGAGGAUCAUGCCACUUACCGAAAGUUGAUUGAAAAGGAAAGAGUCUUUAAAUUCCUUCUGGUUUGCGGCCUGAAUUUGAUCAAGAAAGGGGUAGGAUUUUAAGUAGCUCGCCCAUUCCAUCUCUUUGGGAGGUCUUCAACUCAAUAAGGAGAGAAGAGAGUCGCAUAGGCUUUAUGAUGAGUGGACCGAAGUCAACUGCAGCUAAAACAUCUACAUUAUCAACAACAAAUCAGCCGACUACAGGAAACAAAAAUAUUAGAGCAAAUUCGGUCUAUGUUGCAGGGAAAAAUGCAGGGAAGAAGGAUGACAAAGAUAGUCUAUGGUGUGAUCAUUGCUAGAAACCACAACACACAAGAGAUAGCUGCUGGAAAAUUCAUGGGAGACCAGCGAAUUUACCCCAGAACUUUGGAAAAGGUCAUGGUUGGAAUAAUGGUGGUGGAGGACGAGGUUGGAACCUAGGAUCAGAUGGGGGCCGAGGCUUCCAAGCAGUAGCAGAUUUUUCAAAACAGCCCAAGCAAGGAAAUACUGGAGUUCCAAACCCUACCAAGGAGCAACUUGAGCAAUUCUAUAGGUUUAUAUUCCAAAAUUCCCAAAAUAUUACCUCUGCAAAUUUGGCCUAGUCAGGAUCUGUGUAUGGGGAAGAAGAUUGGUAGUGCUAGGGAGGUUGAUGGACUAUUUCUCUUAGAAGAAAAAAUGCAAGGGGGUUAUUCAAAAACUUUGAUCUUUGCACAAAUCAGUCCUUCAGAACAGGACUUGGGGUGAAACUCCUAAGUUCAUUGAACUUUGCAACUGGAGUUUAGGGCUCCUCCACCUCCCAAUCAUUUAGGGCUCUUGAAAAAUGGGGAUUCCAGCCCCCCCAACCCCCCUCCACCAAGGGGUCCCAAAUAUCCGCCACCUGAGCUUCCUUAUCAACAGCCAAAACAAAUAAGGAAGGAAAUAACACGCACAAAGGGGAGUCCCCACACUAUCUAUCCCUCCAAAACCUCACCCUCCUCCCAUUACCUACACGGAAUGAAAUUCGGGCGCCCACCAACUCCCAGUCCAUCCUUAUUCCUUUCCAAAGUCCCACACCAUGCGCCUCUCUCACUUCCCGAGAGCACCAACCCCCUCUAUCUUCCCCAUACUUCCCUCUAAUCACUUGAUUCCACAAAGCCUCUUUCAUUUGCAAAACGCCAAUUCCAUUUAGAAAGAAGAGCCUUAUUGAGAAUGGGAAGACAUUUAACCCUCAAGCCCCCUUUCUUUUUACAUAAGCACACCAACUCCCAUUUUACUAAAUGAGGCUUUCGCUCCAAAUUGCCACCCCCCCAAAGGAAAUCCCUUUGAAUUUUCUCAAGUCUUCAGCUAACUGAGCUUGGCAAGCGCAACAAGGACAUAAGAUAAAUAGGAAGAUUCAACAAGGUGCUUCGGAUUAGAGUCACUCUUCCUCUCUUAGAUAAGUAUUGUCUCUUUCACAUGGCCAACCUUCUACGAAAACGCUCUUCCACUCCAUCCCACACUGACACUGACUUAAACGGAGCACCCAAGGGAAGGCCCAAAUAAGUGGACGGGAGACUACCCACUCUACAACCAAAAUCCAAAGCGAGAUCAUCAAUAUUCUCUACCCUUCCUACUGGAAUGAGUUCACUCUUCUCCAAGUUUAUCCUGAGUCCCGACACAGCCUCAAACCACAUGAGCAAUCAACUUAGGUAAGUCAAAUUGUCUUGAGAAGCUUGGCAAAACACCAAAGUAUCAUCAGCAAACAACAUAUGGGAUAUCUAAAUUCCUUCUUCACUCCUACCCUUCAUCCUACAGCCCGACAUAAAACCUUCAUCCACAGCUCUUUUAAGAAAAAGGCUAAAAACCUCCAUGUCAAUCACAAAAAGGUAAGACGAAAGAGGAUCGCCUUGCCUCAACCCCCUUGAGCUUUGAAAGAAAUCCGUAGAAGUGUCAUUAACCAACACAGAGAAGCUUGCAGUGGAUAUGCACCACUUAAUCCACCCUAUCAAUUUCUCCCCAAAACCCAUUUUCGGUAUAACUGUGAGGAGAAAAGACCAGUCCACAUUGUCAUAAGCCUUCUCUAUGUCAAGUUUGCACAAAAUACCAUUCUCAUUAUUCUUCUGAAGCCUCGAUGGCUUUAUUAGCUAUCAACACUGCAUUUAGAAUUUGUCUACCCUCCACAAAAGCCCCUUAAGCCUUAGAAACCACCUUUCCAACCACCUUUUUUAGCCUAUUGGCUAAGACCUUGGCCAACCACUUAUACAGACUUCCCACUAAACUUAUAGGCCUAAAGUCCCUUAAAUCUUCAACCCCCGCUUUCUUUGGGAUUAAGACCACAAAAGUUGCAUUUAGAUUUUUAACAAAUUUAUUGUGAUCAUAGAAUUCCCUGAAAAAAUUCAUCACAUCAUCCUUCACAAAGUCCUAAGCAAACUACCAGAAAGCCAUUGAGAAACCAUCAAGCCCCGAAGCUUUAUCCUCAUUACAUCCCAAUAGCACAUCAUACACCUCCUCUUCUGUGAACUGCACCUCCAAAACACAAGCAUCCAUAUUCUCCAGUGUCUCACACUGCAGCCCAGAUAAAGGAGGACGCCAGUCCCCUGGAUUGGACAGCAAAGUCCUAAAGGCAUUGACUAUUGCUUCGUUGAUCCCAUUCUCCUCCGAAUGCCAAAUACCAUUAAUCCUUAUUUGGUCCACAUUGUUUCUUCUUCUGUGAGCAUUGGCCAUCUUAUGGAAGAUGCCCGUAUUUCUGUCACCCUCUUUCAACCACACUUCUCUAGUUUUUUGCCUCUAAGUAAUCUCUUCUAGUAACACCCAUUUUUUAUUUUCUUCCCUCGCUUCUCUUCUAGCUUCCAUCUCUUCCAAAGACAAUCUGUUAGUCUUCUCCUUAGCAUCCUAGAACUCCAUCUGAUCCAAAGCCAAAUUCUUCCUGUAUUUAACCCUACCAAAGACAUCUAUGUUCCAUUCCUUCAAUUUAAACUUCACGACCUUUAGUUUUUCCACCAAAAUAAAACUUUCAAUGCCAUUAAAGUUGUCCCCCUCCCACCAAGAUCUCAACAAAUCCUUAAAACUCUCCACUUUUAGCCACAUAUUCUCAAAUCUAAAGGGGGAGGGUCCUCUUCUCAAACCCCCUCCUUCCAGCAGAAUCGGGAAGUGGUCUAACACUAGUCUUGAGAGGACACAUUGUCUCAAACCACUAAAAUGGCAAUCCCACUCCUCAUUAACCAAGAAUCGAUCUAGCCUUGAAAAUGACUGGUUGUUCACCCCUCCACUCCAAGUAAAAAGACCCCUAAGUAGAGGCAAAUCCUUUAACUCUAAAUCUUCUAUUACUUCUGAAAACCUUUUCAUGUCUGAAUUCAAACUCCCUCCUCUACUGCACUCAUCAAGGCUUAAGAUGGCAUUAAAAUCCCUAGCAACACACCACGGACCAUUCCAAAGGCCUUUUAUAGCCCCCAACUCAUCCCAGAAGCACUCCCUGUCCCUCCUCAUGGUCGGGUCAUACACCCCUGUAAAAAUCCAGAUGAAGCCAUCCUCACAAUUCUUAAAAUGGCAUGAAAUUGAGAACACUCCCUUUUCUAGGUCAAUCAAUUCCAACGCCCUAUUAUCCCAAAACACCACUAUGCCACCAGCAGUACCCCUUGAAUCCACAGAACCCCAUUCUAAAAAUCUCCCCACUCCUAGACUACGGACAAGGCCCCUUGACAUUUCUUAGAUUUUAGUUUCCUGCAAGCAAACCAAAUCCACCCUAUUCUUCUUAAUCAAGGCUUUGAUUACCUUCCUCUUAUCACAAUUAUUUGCCCCUCUUACAUUCCAAGAAAGCAUACAGAUCUUCAUCUAGACCUGAAAAAACUAUCCCGUCUUCUCCUCCUCCUCCAAUAUAAUUCACGGUCCAUUCCAGCUUUCUCAAUUCCCUUUCGAACUUUGACGACUCCAAUUUUUUCUUUUUCCUACCAUCCAACUUCCCCUUCUGUAAUUUCCUCUCUUUCAUUCUUUUCAACAAAAAUAAAAUCUCUCCUUUGAAACCCUCUGUCGGCAUUCCAAGGCAUCGGCUAAACUUAGCCAAGCAACUAGACUGCCAGCACGGCUCACCCGCUUCGUUUCCCUCCUCCAUGACUUCUUGAAAUGCCCUUUCCGAUACAUCCUUUAUCUCCUCCUUAACAGCCUCAUUAGCCAUUCCCAAGAAACCAGAGACCGCUGCCUCCCUUCCAUCCGCCAAAAUCAUCCUUAAAGGAUCCAAAUCUGUUCCCCCGACUGUUUCUAAGCUACAAUCCCGGCCUCGGCUCCCAUCAGUGGCGACGAUUACCCCAUCCCGCCUAGAAAGAAUAGAAGAAGAAGAGAAAUCCCACUUCCCCAACAAGAAUAGAGCUCGAGGAUAAGAAGCUGUGUCCUUGGAAGCCUCCUCCAUCAAAGCUUCGUCUGUAAGCUCAGUGAGAUUUAGCGUCGGUGGAGACGACCCCAGCUGGAUGCCUAAGACAUCCCCGUCUGGUCUCCCACAGUCCACAUCGUGACAUCCCCUGCAAGCCCUAGCCCCAAAUAAGACUUUAGAGUCGGAUCGUCCCACCUGAUUUGGGCCUUUGGAAGAUGCCACCGUGGGUCGGCCCACUUCCAAGAGAUUUUUUAAAGCUGCAUCAAAAAGGCCUUCCUCGUUGGGCCUCCUCUCUACAUUCAUUUCCAAGUCUUGGCCCAAAGGACUAUUAACUUGGGCUGCAGGCCAAUUUUUUGAAACCCCCUCCCAAACAGAAAGCAGCCUGCCUCUGACCAUUUCAGCCUCUGCCCCUCUUGCCAACAUCGAGUCAGAAAAAAGGGCCUCCCUAUCUUUUCUGCAGCAAUCUUCUCCACUCUCACACGGCACAGUCACCUUUGCAGACUGCUCAUGGGAUUGAAUAUGCUCCACAUUAUAGCCGGUGCGUGAAACACCCCCUUCUUCAUCCUUAACCUCUUGCUCCUUUCCCAAACCAUUUCUAAUUACUGAGAUCACUUCCGACACCCUUGGUUGCACCUCCCACCACAGUUGAAUAGCAAAACAAAAAGAGCUAAUUGCCACCUACAAAGAACUUGGCCACUUUAACCUUUUAGAUUUCACUAAUAAUCUAGCCCAUUGCAGCUCUUUAAAGGCAGCAGUGUUUUCAUCCACUGCAACAAAACCCCUACAGCAAUCCCCAAUCUUUCUAAACACUUCCCGGCUCCAAAAGUGCAGCGGUAAUCUCACUACUCUCACCCAAACUUCCUUAAUUUGUUCACAGUAUUGAGAACACCCCACUUUUGGGUCCCACCUUUCCAAGUGCAGAAACGAAUCCUUAAAGCACCGAAACCCUCUUAAUAACACUUUGUCUGCCUCUGCUUUAUUCUCAAACUCAAUCAGAAUGAAAGGGCCCCCCAACCAUGCAAACUUCACUCCUUUAAGGUUCCAGUGAUAUUUUCCCCAUCUUCCCAAAGCGGACAGGUCUGGAGCCGACACAGGAGACUCUCCCCAUCUCCCAACCAGACACCAGUCCAACAUCUUCCUUCCACUUAACACAUCUUCUUCUCCCAGCUGUAGCCACACUGGUUCCCCUAACCUUCUCGCUCUUGUUUUCACCACAUCAACAUAGGAAUUUUUUGCCUUCCCUUCAUGAGCCCCAACUCUACUCUCUGUCCUAGAGAAUACUAAAACUUCCCUAGGCUCAUCAUGUGUCGAUACUCCAAGAGAACGGAGCUUUUCAGCCAACAAGGUCCACCCUCCCAGAAUACCUUUUCCUUCCAGGAACACUAAACAAAAUUUCUUUGCCUCUGAGUCAACCACAGAGCACAAUAAAAAUCUGUCUGCCUCAUUUGCUUGACAUUCCAAUUUAAACUUCCUACCUCCAUGCUCCCAACUUUUAAUAAAUCUCUGAGCAAACUCACCCCUACAACAAUCCUCCACUCCCUCCAACAGACAACUCAAGCUAAUGCUCCCAAAUUUGAUCCACAAAGUAAAUCCUCUACUUCUUUCCACAAUGAUCCCCUUAUGUUUCUCUGUUCUUAAUAUACAAGAGAUAAAGCUAGAAAGUAAGAAAAUCUAAUAUUUAUGUCUAAUCUAAGAGCCUUAGGGGACAUAUUUUUCUAUUCUUUUCUUUUUGUGAAAGUAUGGGUGAGAUCUAGCAGUUCACCAAUUUUUUUGGACAGACUGAUAGCUGAUGCAGUUAUAGUGAAAACCAGUGGCCUACAAGCUUUUGGAAGAAAGCCAUAACUAGAAAUUCCACACCAAGUAAACCCAAAAAUCUGAUAUGAAUUAAUCUUAAGUCUCUGUAUGAACACCCAUAAGCCAACAGUAAUCCAUUUAAACCACUAAUAACCAGAUUCAACUGCAAGUAGCAAUCAACACCAAGAAAUAAAUAACCUAAAUCGAAAUAAAGAACUCAACAAGCCCAAGCUGCAAAAGAGCUCCAUGAAUGAGAGGAAUAAACUGAAAUUUAAUUUGAAUAUCCCUGUAUGAAUAAAUUGUCACCAAACAAAAUCCUAUUCUUCCCACUUGCUUCAGAGUGGUUUCAGCACUUUCUAUGGUAACUUUAUCAUCAGUUGCAUUGCGGUUCAGUAUUCCUAAAUCAUAAAACUUUCUAUGUGCGGUACUUUGUUAUUCUGAUAUCCUUAACUUCUUCUUAAACUAAAGUUCAGAUACUCUACCAAUUAUAUACAGGCAAUGAUAUAGUGUUUUUUUUAUAACCUCCUUUUGAAGUAAACGACUUUACUUGCACUUUAGAUCUUAUAAUAGCAAGAUCAGAGACUGAUGAAUAUAAUUUGGUUAUAUUUGAUUGGUCAAAGAAUCCAUUCAUUU